AGGAAUCUUUCCUCCCACCUUUUGCUUAGUCAUGAAGUGAUGAAGAUUAAAUAGAUUUUUCGAUUCUCUCUGAUAAUCAAGGCUUCAUAUUAAAAAUGGUGAAAUGGGUUCCAUUAUCCGCAGUCGGUGGCUUGAAGCGAUUAUUGAUCGGUGCAACUUUAUUGCGGAGCAAGUGCAGUAGACGACAGUCCUCUGUAUACUAUAGCCGGGAUUCCCGGGAUAUUUGGCAAGUUACGAUCAAUACGACUAGAAGACACCCGGUAUCAUUGGCGAGUUCGUUCUGGAAGCCGGCAGUCACACCCUUUUACGUUCCCCAUCGGCUGUCUUCCUUCACUUUUUGCAAGUCUAAGAUGGUAAAUUCAGUAGAAGCUGCAUCAGUAGCAGAAUCUAAUGGUUAUGAUAAUGGGCAUAGUGCUGGACAAGAAGAUCUUGUUGACACUCCUCCCUUAUUCAAAGAAAUCCAGAUUCCUUUGUCUUGGGGUCAUUUAGCAGCAAAAGUCUGGGGAACACCCAAUGACCAUCCAAUUUUGGCAUUACAUGGCUGGCAGGAUAAUGCAGGCACUUUUGACAAGCUUAUUCCAUUGCUUCCACCUGAUUUGUAUGUGGUCUGCCUGGAUUUCUGUGGUCAUGGACUAUCAAGUCACUAUCCUAAAGGUAUGAUCUACCAUUACUGGGAUCACAUUGCUCAUAUUCGCUUGGUAGCCGAAUAUUUUGGCUGGUCUCGCUUCUCCAUAAUGGGUCACUCUCUCGGUGGUAUUGUUGGCUCCAUGUUCACUGCCAUCAGCCCACACAUGAUCGAGAAACUCGUCAUGAUCGACAUUGUCAAGCCCAUCUCCACUCCGGCGAAAUUCCAGCCAGAUAAGUCUGCCAAAGCCAUCGAAAGCUACAUUCAGGUGCUGAAAAAACUAGAACAGAGCCCUCCCUCUUACUCCUACGAGGCGGCUCGUGAGAGACUGGUGCAGGCCAACAACGGAUCGAUUGAUUCGAAAGCAGCGGAAGUCCUGAUGCGCCGCGGCACUAAGCAGCAUGAGGAUGGUGGCUAUUACUUCUCACGCGAUCUCCGCCACGUAAUCCCCUCUGUGGCCUCUUACACUGCCGAACAGCAUGCCGAAUACGCUAAGCGCGUCCACUGCCCUUUGCUGCUCAUCACAGCUAAAAAUGGUUUCGUCUACGAAGAUAAAUCCGUCAUCGAAGAUUUUGUCAAGAUUUACCGAGAUGUCAGCAAGGGAGGAUUCCAACACGCACAGGUCGAAGGCACUCACCACGUCCAUCUUGUAAAUCCGGAGAAUAUUGCUUCCAUUGUUGGCAAAUUUUUGUCCCAUGAUGCUCAGCAGUCAACCCUAGAUAAUUUACAAUAGCAAUCGGUAGAUGAUACUGAUUGAAUUUUACGUUAGGAAACAAUUUAUGAAUUGAAUGAUUUACUGAUUCCCUAAGCGCCAAGUCUGUCUAGUACAUUCUUCCUUGAAAGAACCUGCAUUGUUAUGCAAUGAUCUUCUAAAGAUCGCAUUUAAACGCAGAUAUUGUAACUAACAUUAUUACUCUGUAGCAUUUAACCUUCGUUGACAUUCUGUUAAAUUUCGAAACAUUAUUCACGUGGUGUUGAAAAAUCUUCAAAUUGUACUAUCCACUCUAUAGACUCAAUAAACAAGUACGAGUCGCA